AUGCUGAAAGUGGGACAGGACGAGUCCAGCAACACCGACUUGCCGGAGCAGAAGGAAGCGCCAACAACCGCUCCGGAAACCCCAGUCGUGGAGGAAGCAGUCGCGGCUCAACCUCGUGAGGGAGAGUUCAUCAUCGUCUUGGACAAAACCAAUGGGCAGCGUUUGGGCAUGGACGUUGAUCACGAGGACGGCCGUACGCUGGCUGUUGAUGCUAUCACCGGUGGCCUCAUCGAGCAGUGGAACAUGGAGCACCCGGAGAAGGCAUUGAGGCCCAAGGACCGCAUCGUGGAAGUCAACGGUUUGCGUGGUGACGUCCUGCAGCUCGUGGACGAGUGCAAGAAGCCGAAGGUCUUGACUAUCUACGUGAAGAGGGAGGCUGGUCCGGCCUGA